UGAGUGUGGUGGUCUCAUCGCGGUGGGAUGAUGGAGAUUCGCGCCGCUCGUUCUCGCGCCUGCCAUAGACAAGAGUGAUUUUGAGGAGAAAGGAAACAUUUCCUAUGUCGAUUAAAAACUCGUCAACACACAUCCACACGCUGUUCGCCGUCUCACGCAAGGACAGAGCUCGGUUUGAGACGAAGACGCUGACUGGGAAGUUUAAUAUUUCUCAAGAGCGGAUGAAAACAACCGUCUGAACAUCUGAGGAGAUUUCUACUGCUGGAUUUGGUGCACAGAAUUAGAAUGACCUACAAAUGGUGUCUCUCUGUUGGCAUCAUGUUCCUGAAGUAGGGCGGGGGGGCGUUGCCCCGUUCUGCCAUGAAAGGCUACACCCCCCAACGCAACCGUCAUCUGUCCGACUGCGAGCCGCCCCGUUCUCCCGGUCACCUGGGCUCCCUCUACCCACCCUCUGCAUCCUCCACCCUGUCUCACACUCCGUUUCUCCUGCCAGCAGCCAUGGACCACUAUGGAGUCCUGGACCCCCACCACUUCUCACCGUCCCCCAACCCUGGAGGCCUUCCGCCCGACUGCCUGAUGCCCCUUAACAACCAGCUGUCCUCCAGCAGUACCUUCCCCCGGAUCAACUACAACUCGCACUUUGAUCAGGGAGAGUAUGGGCACUCUGCGGGGGACAGUAUCGGGGGAAUUGGCACAGGGACGCUAGGCACGUCCAUGUCUAUGGGAAUGGGUCUUGGAGUGGGACGGACCGCUAUGAUCACCAGUGGAUCCGCCACUAUAUCUGGUGCAGGAAAGAUGAAUCGUUUGCCACCGAACCUCCUGGACCAGUUUGAGAAGCAGUUGCCAGGGCAACCAGAUGGUUUCAGCACGUUACAGUUCCAUCGUAGCACGGCGGUGACAACAACGAAGCAGCAGCAACAACAACGCACAGACAGUCCAGGAAAAAUACGCUAUCUGGUUCACUCGGUCCAGAAACUUUUCGCAAAAUCGCAGUCGCUCGAAAAUUCUGCCAUUAAGGGUAACGUGAACGGACGCAGCAGCAGACCGUCCGGCAGCGAUGACAAGCAUCGACGAAGCAAAAGCAAAGACCGGGCAAAGAGCGAAGGAACAGCCAAACGGAGGCCCCGCUCCAACAUGUCCGGAUACUGGAGUUCUGACGACCUGGACAGCGAUAUCAGUAACUAUAGAAACCCCGCGGCCAUGAUGACUUUGGGGCGGUCGGCGGGGGGAACCCGGUCUGGGCCGGAUGGCCAAGUGGCGUCCCGGUACGUCAUGCAAGGCUACAGCACCAUCAGUGAGCACACGUUGAAAUCUUCGAAGAGCAACAGCGACCUGAAGCACAAGGCGCUCCCUGCACUCCCGGGUCCUGGUGGUGGGGGAGGAGGAGGGAGAGGGGCCAUGUUUGAUGGGAACUUUGGUAAAGGGGGACCCUGGUCCACGCUUACAUUAGGGCCCACCAGGCAAGUGUGCCAGAAAGGUUCGGCCACUCUGGAUCGUACCUUACUGAAGUCUAAAUCAGUACAACAGGACCUGGGCUGCCAUUUUCUGCAGGUUCGAGGGACGAUGCCCUCUACAGGGGAGUGGAUGGGGAGUCAGGGCAGAAGUGGCCCGAUGGGUGAGAUCCCGUGCAGACGAAUGCGCAGUGGAAGUUACGUAAAGGCCAUGGCCGACCUAGAGGACAGUGACGACUCCGAUGGAAGUCUCAAACCGUCCCCGAAAACUGCCGCACGGAGACAGAGCUACUUGCGUGCCACACAGCAGUCACUGAGUGACCAGUUCCCUUCCAGAAAUCGUCUGCUGGACUACUCGAUGCUGCAGGGGGAUUUGGAGGCUCUCUGGUCCCCCCUACACAGCAUCACUACCCUACAGCAGAUUGGACGCUCUGUCAGUUGUCUUCCGUCUCUGCGCGAGUUCUCUGGGAAUCGGAGCCUGGAUAAUCUAGACUGCAUCGGAGGCGGGUCUCCGUUCCCAAACUGGGAUGAUGAUGACUUCAGUCAGGGGUGCAGCACGCUGGGUCGUGGAAGCUGCAUCAGUCAGCAGGUGCGAGACAUGGAGAUGAGCCAGCAUUAUGCAGAUGAGCUGGAUGACAUGCACUCUCACACUCGUUCUUACGAGCCUUCUGAUGUGCCCAUGCCCACACGCUUUCGUUCUCGGAGUCCUCCUGAUAUGCCCAUGCCCACAUGCUUUCGAUCUCGGAGUCAUAGUUACCUCCGUGCCAUACAGGCGGGCUGUUCCCAGGACGAUGACUCAGCGUCAAUGGAUUCUGAUUCACCGCCACCCACUACGACGACGACCGUACGGACAUAUAGCAAUAGUACCGUGUCCACGUGUAUGACCACCUGUAAGAAGGUGGCCGCGCCCCCCGUGCCACCCCGAACCACCUCCAAACCGUUCAUCUCUGUCACCGUUCAGAGCAGCACCGAGUCGGUCCAGGAAUGUUACCCUGACCACCACGACCGCAGGAGUGAGGUUAACAGCCAAUCAGGACGCAGCAAUUCGUCUGACAGUCUCGACAGCACUCAGACCAACUGUCUGGCCAAGGGGUCUCGAUCACAGUUUCCUGUCGCUGCGCCCCGUGAACCCCAGAUCCCAGCGGCUGUCGUGAUCUCUCACAAUCCUCACCGUGAGACUCACAAUGAGCAGGUGAAGGGUGACACUCUCGGUCCCGACGUGCCCCAGAUAGACCCUGUACCACGACGAAAACUUUCUUCCAUCGGAAUACAAGUGGAUUGUAUUCAGGAAAUCCAGACAAAAGUUGAGACUCCACCGUUGGCCAGAUUCCAGUCCAUCGGCGUUCAAGUGGAGGACGGCUGGACAUUCAGCCGCUCCAGUAGCAUGGCCUCACGACAAGAGACGGACUCCGACGCACAGGACCUCUCUUUAACCUCCGUGACUACAUUUCCAUCCGACUCCAAACACGUCGAAAAGAAAGUAAUGGUUAACAGCGCCAGCCAAUCAGUGGACUCGCCACCCCUAUUUUCCCUUGACAACGGUAACCACGAUGAUGUCGUCGUGACGACCAGCGGCCCCUCCCGGCAGAUUCUGACCCAUCGCUCGACCACGCAAAGCAGUUCUUCUUCAUUCUCUGAGAGUUUAGAUCCAGCCCUGGACCCCUCAUCACUGCCUCCACCCGACCCGUGGCUGGAAAUCGGAAACGGAACGGGCAACGGAGGCCCCACCCAGCCGUUGUCGGGGACGACGGGCGUUUCGGCAUGCAGACGGGAUGGUCAUUGGUUUCUGAAGCUGCUGCAGGCGGAGACCGGGAGAAUGGAGGGCUGGUGCAGUCAGAUGGAGAAGGAGAACAAAGAACAUCAGCUGUCAGAGGAGGUUUUGGGGAAGCUUCGAAGUGCAGUGGGCUGCGCUCAACUACUUAUGUCUCAGAAAUUCCUACAGUUCAGAGGACUGUGUGAACAAAACCUGAAUGUGAGCUCAAGCCAGAGACCCACGGCUCAAGAUCUGGCAGGCUUCUGGGAUCUUCUGCAGCUCUCGAUAGAAGACAUCAGUCUCAAGUUUGAUGAACUUUACCAUCUCAAAGCAAACGACUGGAAAUUACCAAGAGACUCACCUGAGAAGCAGGGGAACCAGAAACCGGCUCCUCCGGUGCCCAAAAAACCCGGGAAGAGUAAGGGCAGUCUCACCAAAGAGAAGAGCAGCGACACAGGCGACAAACAGAGGCAAGAGGCUCGCAAGAGGCUGAUGGCUGCCAAGAGAGCUCAGUCCGUCAAACAGAACUCGGCCACAGAGAGCGCCGACAGCAUUGAGAUCUAUGUACCUGAGGCCCAGACGCGACUUUGAGGAUGAGAGAUGAGAGACGAGACGUAUACAGUACACAUUCAGCACAAUGCUUAAGGGCUCGGCUGUCACACUUCUUCUCCCGUAUGAAAAGCUGCUUUAUUAAGAGAGAGAGAGAGAGAGAGAGGGUGACCAAAAAUGACGGAACAUCCUAGAAAUGGCACUUUUGAAAAGACUGCCAAGGAAAACCUCACAAAGACUCCUAUUAGCUGCAAUCAUUCAUGUUAUUAUUAUUACUACAAUGAAUAUUAUGAGAACUGCUAUUGAAAAUGAUGUUGUGUCCUAAAUUCUACAACAGAUUGUUUUAAAUGUUCUAAUAUUUUGUAUAAGAACUCUUCUAACAUUUAAACGUUUAGAAAUACGUAAGUGUCCCACUGAUCAAAACUGCUUAUGCCCCCUGAAAUCACUGUCUUCCUGUCAUAGAUUUGUCUUCUUGACUUCUUGUCUUUCAGCCAAUGGUGUUGAACAAUCCCUCAUUUGAAAUGCAUUAUGUGUGCGGAUUGAUGAAAGAUCUUCGGAAAGGUUUUCCAGCAGGAGUAGUUCGUCAGUGUUGUUUUGAAUGAAAGGUGUCGUACCUCAGUCCUGUGUGUGAGGUUCUUUUUUCUCACAGUUGUGUUUUCAGUUUUCACAAGUUUGUACAGGUACAGUACAGGGUGUUGUUGUUUUUCAAUACUAAUAUUGUGCCGUUCCAUGAUCUGCUUUGCUUUAAGGGGAACACACUAAGCUAAUAUUGUAUUCAAUCAAGUGCCUGUAGUCAUUGUUGUGGGUAACAUUCAUACCCUUGUAGCAAUAGAUAAAACAUAAUUUUAUGAAAAUGAUUAACUUUCAGGGCCAGCAAACCCCAAAAUGUGUAGUGUUGCCUCCGUUUGGUUUAAACCCGUUUCAAACAGUCAGCUAAAUAUAUACUUUCAUCAUUUCAGUUUUAACUUUUUUCUGUUCAUGCAUUUUUCCAACAUCUCUACGUCAGAACCUUGUUAGUGUUUUGCUGCCAUGUUUACAUUCGCCAUCUAUUCAUUCAAGGCUCAUAUACUACAUAUAUAUAUAAUAUCACAAAAGUUGCAUGACAAUAUGACAAGAGCACAUGAGCUUGUGUGAGUUUGUUUGGUCCAUAAAUUGUAAGAAAACAUCUUUACACACCAGAAUGUCCCAAAAACAUCAGUUACAGUUACAAAUGACUUUUAUUUUUACAUUUCCACAUUUUAGACACAUACUUUUGGGACCAUGCUCAUCAUGUGUCUAAACAAUCGGUUGUCUUAAGCACGUUUGCAUUCAGUAAGUUAUUCAUGCAAUUCAGACAAGAGGCCACAAACACCCCCCAAACCUUCAGGAUAGCUCAAUGAUCGUCUCCUAUUGUGUGUUGUGUUGUUCCUCAUGAUGUAAAUUGGAUCUUCUGUUCUGAACUUCUCCCAGUCGUUUAGUCCAUUUGGUGUCGGUCGGCCGUUAGCGCCUGUUUUGUGUGUUGAUGGUCCUCUUAUAUUCAUACAGACACAUUCAGAGUGUCUCACAGCUUAAAACCGGUUCUGUCAUAUCCUGUGGUCAUUCAUUAGAUUAUGCUUGGAAGUCAAGUUUAACACGGUUUAUUUGGGAUGUAGCAGGAAUACAUAGUUUGUGCCUCUCUUGUGGGGAAAGUAAUUUUUGAGCGACCAGCUACUUUUAUAUGGGUUGGAUCUCACAGGACCCCUCAAGAGUGUGUCCAGGUCAAAUGUCACCACCGAUAAGAGACAAAGAGACAAUUAUAUUUAGCCUCAAAGCAAAUCGAGGCCUCAUUUUUGUGUCUGCGUAGUUUUGUUUAUAUAAAGCAAAAUUUACCACAAGUACACCGUUUAAUGUGUUCAAAUGUAAAAAUGCGUAUUUAAUUAAAGUGAACUCUCUGGUGGUAUUUCAUUUAAAUGAGAAUUCUGAAAGAUAAUGAUUCAAAAAUUGACUUUACACAAAAUAAAAUAGACUUACAAACAUCUUGAGUAAAGGUCUUAAAUUCAAUCAAAAUAUAUAUACUUAGAGUCCACAAAUUUUUUGUGUUGUAUGCAUAUCAUAUCUUAUUAUUCUUGGCACAAACAUAUUAAUAUGACAUCAUUAUAUUGCAUAAGUUAUAACAUUGAGUUUACCUUUAUUUCACGCCACAAGCCAAACUGCCCAAUUCUAUUCAUACAAAUGUUCUGCUCGAAUCUCAAAUAUUUUUAUACACUUAAAAUUGAAUGGAAAUAUUGGCGAUUCGUUAUAACUUUUAGCAUAAAAAUUUGAAAUUCUGUUGUCAGUAUUUAAGAGGUACAUAAACGUAUAUAUGAAUUUAAGCAGUCCACAUUUUAAUCUGAAUUGAUCAUGUCAGAUUAUCAUUAAGUGUCAAUCAUGUGAUUUUUGCUGUUUAUUUUGUCCUCCAUGAUCUGUCACGCCAAAGUUCGAUUUUGGCCACAUUCAGCUAUGAUGUCUGAAAUCUUUGAGUCUCCGAGUUUUGAAAUGUCUUUUUAUGUUUGUGUCAUUUAAUAUUCUCAGAGUUGGUAAGAGAUGAAAACUCUUAAUUUCCUGGUCACUUCCUGUUGUCUACAUCUCUGUGGGCUUCCCUGGAGACAAUAUCACACAAGCACAGCCUCUUGUGGAUUACAGUGUGUGUGUCAUCAAAAGACACCUGCAUUUUGGGUGGAGGACAAAAAUUUAAGCAUUUUGGAGACGACUUUCAUUUGCAACACAGGGAUUUUUCACCUGCUCUCUGUUCAUGCUGCUCGGAAGUCAGACAAAGAAUUUUAUACUCUUGAUAAGUGACUGAUCUCUCAUCUCAUCUGGGAAGAACUGAACCCCGGAUGUUCACCAGUCUGCUUGAGCAUCUCGUGUCAGGCUCUCUCUGAACACCUUCUCACUCUUCAACUGUUUAUUGUAGUUUUUUGAGGGCCGUCAAAAGUAAAUGAUCUAAAUGCAAUGAGUUUGUAGCAACAGGAUUAAGAUUAUUAUAAUUACUAUAAAGAUUGAUAAUCAAUAUUUUAUGAAACAAGCACAUAUUUUACUGAUUAGGGUUUGUUCAGUACUGUAUGUCAAAUGCUAUAUGAAGUUUAGACUGUGUAUGUCAGGAUCUUUUGUUUAGGAAUACAGUAAAUCUGAGUUAAGUUAAAGUGUGUAUGACUGUUUCUUUACCCAGAACUAUAAAUUGAAUUUCUGAUUGAACAUAGAGGAAUACUAAAAACUUGUGAAACAUGCAUGUUUUUGCACAUUUCUUUGUUCUGAGACUGUUAACUGCACAUUCCUGCAUACAAAAGAGCAAGAUUUGCCAUCUGUUUUACUUUUCGAAAAAAUAUUG